ACCAUGGAGACCCAGAGGGCCAGCCUCUCCCUGGGACGGUGGUCACUGUGGCUACUGCGGCUGAGACUAGUGGUGCCCUCCGCCUGUGCCCAGGCCCUCAGCUACAGGGAGGCUGUGCUUCGCGCUGUGGAUCGCAUCAGUGAUGGGUCCACAGAAGCUAAUCUCUACUGCCUCCUGGAGCUAGACUCACCUCCCAAGGAUGUGGAGGACCACAGUGCUCGAAAGCCUGUGAGCUUCAGGGUGAAGGAGACCGUGUGCCCCAGGUCGAGCCAGCAGCCCCCGGAGCAGUGUGACUUCAAGGAGAAUGGGCUGGUGAAAUAGUGUGUGGGGACAGCCAGCCUGGACCGGUCUGAUGACCAGUUUGACCUAAACUAA